AUGGGAGGGGAGCAAGAAAAACCCGCCUUGGAGCAAUUCGGCGUGGAUCUCACUGCCCGUGCAAGGGACGGCAAGCUCGACCCCGUCAUUGGGCGAGACGCUGAGAUUCAACGGACAAUCCAGAUACUAUCACGGCGAACAAAGAACAAUCCUGUGCUGAUCGGAAACGCCGGCACUGGCAAGACUGCUAUCCUCGAAGGCCUGGCGCUUCGCAUCAUUCGGGGCGACGUGCCAGAGAGCGUGAAGAACAAGAGGGUUGUGAGCCUAGAUCUUGGCUCUCUCAUCGCCGGCGCCAAAUUCAGGGGCGAUUUCGAAGAACGACUGAAAAAGGUUCUUGACGAGGUGCAGAAAGCAGAAGGGGAGGUGAUACUAUUCAUCGAUGAGCUGCACACCCUCCUCGGUCUCGGCAAAGCCGAGGGCUCGAUUGAUGCCUCCAACCUGCUGAAGCCUGCUUUGGCCCGUGGUGAACUGCAGUGCUGCGGUGCCACGACCCUGAGCGAAUACCGCCAGAUCGAAAAGGACGUGGCCCUGGCCCGUCGGUUUCAGCCAAUCCUGGUCAGUGAACCCACGGUAGAGGAUACAAUCAGCAUUCUUCGAGGCAUCAAGGACAAGUACGAGGUGCACCACGGCGUCCGCAUCAACGACGGUGCCCUGGUUGCUGCGGCCACGCUGUCGAACAGAUACAUCACCGAUCGUUUUCUCCCGGACAAGGCCAUUGAUCUGAUGGACGAGGCUGCCAGUCACCUGAAGCUCCAGCACGAGUCCAAGCCCGAGGACAUCAUGCGUCUCGACCACAAGAUCAUGACGGUACAGAUCGAGCUCGAAAGUCUGCGCAAGGAGAAGGACGUUGCCAGCCAGGAGCGCCGAGAGAAGCUGGAGCGUGAUCUCGACAAGUACCGAGAGGAAAUCUCGCAGCUCAACGCCCGCUGGGAAAAGGAAAAGGCCGAGAUAGACUCGGUCAAGAAGGUGCAGGAAGACCUGGAAAAGGCCAGGUUCGAUCUGGAGCAAGCCCAACGCUCGGGCAACUUUGCGCGUGCGUCUGAGCUCCGCUUCGGAGUCAUCCCCAACCUCGAGCGGAAACUUCCCUCGGACGAGGAGACGAGGAGGAAGCCGGAAGAGGCGCUGGUGCACGACUCGGUCACCUCUGACGACAUUGCCAACGUGGUGUCCCGAAUCACGGGCAUCCCCGUGUCGAAGCUGACGUCGGGCCACAUCGAGAAGCUUGUGACCAUGGAGGAGACGCUUCGCGAGGCGGUCAAGGGCCAGGACGACGCCAUCAAGGCCGUCUCGGACGCGGUGCGGCUCCAGCGCGCCGGCCUGAGCGGGGAAAACAAGCCCCUGGCGUCCUUCUUCUUCCUGGGCCCGACGGGCGUGGGCAAGACGGAGCUGUGCAAGAAGCUGGCCGGCUUCCUCUUUUCCACCGAGUCGGCAGUCGUGCGCUUCGACAUGUCCGAGUUCCAGGAAAGGCACACCAUCUCCCGCCUGAUCGGCGCCCCGUCCGGGUACGUGGGCUACGAAGACGCCGGCCAGCUCACCGAGGCGGUGCGCCGCAAGCCCUACGCCGUCCUCCUGCUGGACGAGUUCGAAAAGGCCCACCGGGACAUCUCGGCCCUCCUGCUGCAGGUCCUCGACGAAGGCUACCUCACCGACGCGCAGGGCCACAAGGUCGACUUCAGAAACACCAUCAUUGUGCUGACGUCCAACCUCGGCGCCGACAUCCUCGUCGGGCAGAACCCGCACCACCCGUACAAGGAGAAGGCCGACGGGGAAAUCGACCCUUCGGUCCGCCAGGCCGUCAUGGACGCUGUCUCGCACGCCUACCCGCCCGAGUUCCUCAACCGCAUAGACUCCUUCAUCAUCUUCAAGCGCCUCGCGCAGUCGGCCCUCCGAGACAUUGUGGACAUUCGGCUCGCGGAGCUUCAGCACCGACUGGACGACAAGCGCAUCAAGCUCACCGUGCCGGAUCCCGUCAGGGACUGGCUCGCCGCGCGCGGGUACAGCCCCAAGUUUGGCGCCAGGCCCCUCAACCGCCUGAUUACGAACGAGAUUGCCAACGGGCUCGCCGACAAGAUCAUCCGCGGCCAGCUCAAGAUGGGAGAGGUUGCCGAGGUGCGGAUCAAGGAUGACGGCAGUGGCUUGCACGUCGCGAGUGGCUUCUGA